AUGGGAGUGAAAACUAGUAAUGGCUUGCGAAUGUAUCCUACAACCACUCUUGGUGAACAUGAUCAUUUUACCAAUAGCAAAAUGUUAAACUCCUCAUCCUCCUCAUGUUCUUCUUCAUCCGGAGACCUUUUAGAGUUGGAUGCAAAUGAAAUCAGCAAGUCCUACAUAGGUGAUAUUAGGGUUCCUAAACAUAGCAAAAACACUCAAUUUGCUUUGGAGGACCGUGACGAUGACAUUAUAAUAAACUCUAUGCCCCGGCAAGAACAACAAUCGAGUCCUACUCAAACAUCGAGCUUAAACAACGAUUCCACGACACGGUUUCCUCCAACACAAGUGAUGGAGCGACCCGUCGACUCAAAUCCCUUUGACUAUUAUAGGAUUAUGUCUACGGUAUUUUCUAGAACUAAAUCUACUACUCCAAUGGAAUAG